CUGUGUUUGAUAAAACAUCAGUGUGUGAAACUUGCCCCCGUAUGUUAAUUUAUCAUUACUACAAAAUGAAAAGAAAAAAAGAAUUCUUAUCCGCAACCAGGUGUGAACACUGCCAUAUAACCAUGGAGGUUUCUUCUGGGUGAGGGUAGUUUCUUGGCCAGCUGCCUAUCCAUGACCUUAGUCAAGGUUACAAGACUUAGUGAGGAUAGGGCAAGGCUCCAGUGCUGAUGUUCUCCUAGGCAGCUCGUGCCUCAGUGAAGCUGGCCUGGCAGGACACGACUUGGGACACUCCCUUUGGGUGGAUAGCUCCAGUUUUGUUAGAGAAGUUUUAGCCCCGGUGAUAGGCGGAACCGUACACGGGCUGCGGGACCACUGCUGCCCCGAUGACUGCCAGGUAGCAGCAUAGCCCUGUGACACUCAGCCCCCACAAGCUCAGCAUCAGGCAACAUCCCGCGUCAUGUGAUCACAAACUCAAGGUACAAAUUUUCCGGAAAUGACGUCACGUCACCCAGUCGCAUGAUGUGGCAAAAUUAAAAAGGCAGGGGGAAAAAAAAAUCCCGGGAGUGGAAUAUAAGUCUCACGAAACGUUCACUUUACGGUCUGCCGUUUUCACAAUAAACACGAUUUCCAACAGCCACGUAACGCAUCUCCUAAGCGAGCGCUUUAUAGCGUUGUAAUCUGAGACCAGAAGUGAUAUCCAUCCGCCGGGCGUUGAGCGGCCAGCUCUGAAAGCUAAGAGGCGGUAUUCCUGCGCGUGGAGGGGGCGGGGCGCAGAGUGAGGGUGAAGCUGUCGUUCCGGAUUGCAGAGGCAGCUCCCCCGUUUCCGCCAUUGCGGCUCCUGCCCGAUAGUCAGCGAGGAACAGCCGGAGGACGCGUUCUCUUAGACAGGCGGCGCGCAAAGGACAUCUUACUGCCAUUCCCAGUACCUGAGAGAACGAGGAACCUGCGAGAGGCGGGAGGUGACAGCCCGGGGACAAGAGAGAAGCCGUACAGCUCGGAACCGCCAUGGCUCAGAUACUACCCAUCCGCUUCCAGGAGCACCUGCAGCUCCAAAAUCUGGGAAUUAACCCAGCUAAUAUUGGCUUUAGUACACUUACAAUGGAGUCCGACAAGUUUAUCUGCAUCAGGGAGAAGGUUGGAGAACAAGCCCAAGUAGUUAUCAUUGAUAUGAAUGACCCCAGCAAUCCUAUCCGUAGGCCUAUAUCUGCUGAUAAUGCAAUCAUGAAUCCUGCCAGCAAAGUCAUAGCACUGAAAGGCUCAGUGGAGAAUGCCUCGUCCCAGGCUGGAAAAACCCUCCAGAUCUUUAACAUUGAAAUGAAAAGUAAAAUGAAGGCUCACACCAUGACCGAUGAUGUCACCUUUUGGAAGUGGAUCUCUCUGAACACUGUUGCUCUAGUAACUGACAAUGCUGUAUAUCAUUGGAGCAUGGAGGGGGAAUCGCAGCCAGUAAAGAUGUUUGAUCGCCACUCCAGCUUGGCAGGAUGCCAGAUCAUUAACUACCGAACAGAUGCAAAACAAAAGUGGCUGCUUCUGACUGGAAUAUCUGCUCAGCAAAACAGAGUUGUUGGAGCAAUGCAGCUUUACUCCGUGGACAGGAAAGUGUCUCAACCUAUUGAAGGCCAUGCAGCUAGCUUUGCCCAGUUUAAAAUGGAGGGAAAUGCUGAAGAGUCAACAUUGUUCUGCUUUGCUGUAAGAGGCCAGGCUGGUGGAAAGUUGCAUAUCAUAGAAGUUGGAACACCACCCACUGGUAACCAGCCUUUCCCAAAGAAGGCAGUGGAUGUCUUCUUUCCCCCUGAAGCCCAGAAUGACUUUCCUGUGGCAAUGCAGAUCAGUGGAAAACAUGAUGUUGUCUUCUUAAUUACGAAGUAUGGUUACAUUCACCUCUAUGACCUGGAAACUGGCACCUGCAUUUAUAUGAACAGGAUUAGCGGGGAGACCAUUUUUGUCACUGCUCCACAUGAAGCCACUGCUGGGAUUAUUGGAGUGAACAGAAAGGGCCAGGUGCUGUCAGUCUGUGUAGAAGAAGAAAAUAUUAUACCAUAUAUCACCAAUGUUCUGCAGAACCCUGAUCUAGCCCUGCGCAUGGCUGUUCGUAACAAUCUUGCUGGAGCAGAAGAGCUGUUUGCUCGCAAAUUUAAUGCUCUCUUUGCCCAGGGAAAUUAUUCCGAAGCAGCAAAGGUGGCUGCAAAUGCACCAAAGGGUAUUCUUCGUACACCAGAAACAAUAAGGCGCUUUCAGAGUGUUCCUGCACAGCCAGGUCAGACCUCACCUUUGCUUCAGUAUUUCGGCAUUCUCUUGGACCAGGGUCAGCUGAAUAAAUAUGAGUCUCUGGAAUUAUGUAGACCUGUACUGCAGCAAGGUCGCAAGCAACUUCUUGAGAAGUGGCUAAAAGAAGACAAGUUGGAGUGUUCAGAAGAACUGGGAGAUUUGGUGAAGUCUGUGGAUCCUACUCUGGCUUUAAGUGUUUACUUGAGGGCUAAUGUUCCAAACAAGGUUAUUCAGUGUUUUGCAGAAACUGGGCAGGUUCAGAAGAUUGUCCUGUAUGCUAAGAAGGUUGGAUACACCCCUGAUUGGAUUUUCCUACUGAGAAAUGUCAUGAGAAUUAACCCAGAUCAAGGCCAACAGUUUGCUCAAAUGUUGGUUCAGGAUGAGGAGCCACUCGCUGAUAUCACACAGAUCGUGGAUGUGUUUAUGGAAUACAACCUUAUCCAGCAGUGUACUGCUUUUCUACUGGAUGCUCUCAAGAACAACCGUCCAAGUGAGGGUCCUUUGCAAACACGCUUGCUUGAAAUGAACCUCAUGCAUGCUCCUCAGGUGGCCGAUGCUAUCUUGGGCAACCAGAUGUUUACACACUAUGAUCGUGCUCACAUUGCCCAGCUUUGUGAGAAAGCUGGUCUGCUACAAAGAGCUCUAGAACACUUCACAGAUCUGUAUGAUAUCAAGAGAGCAGUUGUCCAUACUCACCUUCUCAAUCCAGAGUGGCUUGUUAAUUAUUUUGGCUCUCUGUCCGUUGAAGACUCUCUCGAGUGCUUGCGUGCAAUGCUUUCUGCAAACAUCCGUCAAAACCUUCAGAUAUGUGUACAAGUAGCCUCCAAAUACCAUGAGCAGCUUUCUACCCAGUCUCUGAUUGAACUUUUUGAAUCAUUCAAGAGUUUUGAAGGGCUGUUUUAUUUCCUGGGCUCUAUUGUUAACUUCAGCCAAGAUCCUGAUGUUCACUUCAAGUACAUUCAGGCAGCUUGCAAAACUGGUCAAAUAAAAGAAGUUGAGAGAAUUUGCAGAGAGAGUAACUGUUAUGAUCCAGAACGUGUGAAAAACUUCCUUAAGGAAGCUAAACUUACAGACCAGCUGCCACUCAUAAUUGUAUGUGACCGCUUUGACUUUGUCCAUGAUCUUGUCCUGUAUCUGUACAGAAAUAAUCUGCAGAAGUAUAUUGAGAUUUAUGUUCAGAAGGUUAACCCCAGCCGAUUGCCUGUGGUUAUUGGUGGUUUGCUUGAUGUGGAUUGCUCUGAGGAUGUGAUCAAGAACCUCAUCCUUGUGGUGAGAGGACAGUUCUCCACCGAUGAACUAGUUGCUGAAGUUGAAAAAAGGAACCGGUUAAAGUUACUUCUGCCAUGGCUGGAGUCUCGUAUCCAUGAGGGCUGUGAAGAGCCAGCCACACACAAUGCUUUGGCAAAGAUUUACAUCGACAGUAAUAACAACCCAGAGCGCUUCUUGCGUGAAAACCCAUAUUAUGACAGCCGUGUUGUUGGAAAGUAUUGUGAAAAGAGAGAUCCACAUCUGGCAUGUGUGGCAUAUGAGAGAGGACAGUGUGACUUGGAGCUCAUCAAUGUUUGCAAUGAAAACUCACUUUUUAAAAGCCUCUCAAGGUAUCUGGUACGCCGUAAGGAUCCUGAAUUGUGGGCCAGUGUACUGUUAGAAAGCAAUCCAUACAGAAGGCCUCUUAUUGAUCAGGUUGUCCAAACAGCAUUGUCAGAAACUCAAGAUCCUGAAGAAGUAUCUGUUACUGUAAAAGCUUUUAUGACUGCAGACCUUCCCAAUGAACUCAUUGAGCUAUUGGAAAAGAUUGUUUUGGAUAAUUCAGUUUUCAGUGAACACAGAAAUUUGCAGAACUUGCUGAUCCUGACUGCUAUUAAAGCUGAUCGCACCAGAGUUAUGGAAUAUAUUAAUCGAUUGGAUAACUAUGAUGCUCCAGAUAUUGCGAAUAUCGCCAUUAGUAAUGAGCUGUAUGAGGAGGCUUUUGCCAUUUUUAGGAAAUUUGACGUGAACACUUCUGCCAUACAGGUUUUGAUUGAGCACAUUGGAAAUUUGGACCGUGCUUAUGAAUUUGCUGAGCGAUGCAAUGAACCAGCUGUCUGGAGCCAACUGGCAAAGGCUCAGCUGCAGAAAGGAAUGGUCAAAGAAGCAAUUGACUCCUACAUUAAAGCAGAUGAUCCGUCUUCUUACAUGGAAGUUGUACAGGCUGCCAAUGCUAGUGGUAAUUGGGAGGAACUUGUUAAAUACCUGCAGAUGGCUCGAAAGAAGGCAAGGGAGUCCUAUGUAGAAACAGAGCUCAUCUUUGCUCUUGCUAAAACCAAUCGUCUUACAGAACUUGAGGAGUUUAUUAAUGGACCAAACAAUGCUCACAUUCAGCAAGUUGGUGACAGAUGCUAUGAUGAGAAAAUGUAUGAUGCUGCUAAGCUUCUCUACAAUAAUGUUUCAAAUUUUGGCCGUUUGGCAUCCACAUUGGUCCAUCUGGGAGAAUAUCAAGCUGCAGUGGAUGGAGCAAGGAAGGCAAACAGCACUCGCACCUGGAAAGAGGUUUGCUUUGCAUGUGUUGAUGGUAAGGAGUUCCGCCUUGCCCAAAUGUGUGGCCUUCACAUUGUGGUACAUGCAGAUGAAUUGGAGGAGCUAAUAAACUAUUAUCAGGAUCGUGGUUACUUUGAAGAGCUUAUCACCAUGCUUGAAGCAGCUCUGGGACUUGAGAGGGCACACAUGGGCAUGUUCACUGAGCUUGCUAUUCUCUAUUCUAAGUUCAAGCCACAAAAAAUGAGAGAGCACUUGGAGCUGUUCUGGUCCAGAGUCAACAUUCCCAAGGUGCUCAGAGCUGCUGAGCAAGCUCACCUUUGGGCAGAGUUGGUGUUCCUUUAUGAUAAAUAUGAAGAGUAUGAUAAUGCCAUUAUCACAAUGAUGAGCCACCCGACAGAUGCAUGGAAGGAAGGGCAAUUUAAAGAUAUUAUCACAAAGGUGGCCAAUGUGGAGCUGUACUAUAGAGCAGUACAGUUUUAUUUGGAAUUUAAGCCACUAUUGCUGAAUGAUCUCCUGAUGGUAUUGUCUCCAAGACUGGACCACACCCGUGCUGUCAAUUACUUCAGCAAAGUGAAGCAGCUUCCUCUUGUAAAACCAUACCUCCGCUCAGUGCAGAAUCAUAACAAUAAAUCAGUCAAUGAAGCUCUUAACAACCUAUUCAUAACAGAAGAGGACUACCAGGCACUUCGUACAUCUAUAGAUGCAUAUGACAACUUUGACAACAUAUCCCUUGCUCAACGUUUGGAGAAGCAUGAGCUUAUUGAAUUUAGAAGAAUUGCUGCAUAUCUUUUCAAGGGUAACAACCGCUGGAAACAGAGUGUUGAGCUGUGCAAGAAAGACAGACUCUAUAAGGAUGCCAUGCAGUAUGCCUCUGAAUCCAAAGACACAGAGCUGGCAGAGGAACUUUUGCAAUGGUUUUUGGUGGAAGGGAAGAAGGAGUGCUUUGCAGCGUGUCUUUUCACUUGUUAUGAUCUGCUGCGGCCAGAUGUUGUCCUGGAAACUGCAUGGAGGCACAAUAUUAUGGACUUUGCCAUGCCCUACUUCAUUCAGGUCAUGAGGGAAUACUUAAGCAAGGUUGAUGCAAUAAAGGAAAAGGUUGACAAACUGGAUGCCUCUGAAUCUCUUAGAAAAGAAGAGGAACAAGCUACAGAAACACAGCCUAUUGUCUAUGGUCAGCCCCAGUUGAUGCUGACAGCAGGACCCAGUGUUGCAGUACCUCCACAAGCUGCAUUUGGCUAUGGUUAUGCUGCACCUGCCUAUGGGCAGCCUCAACCAGGAUUUGGGUAUAGCAUGUAAAAGAGAAGGGUAGAAAUCUCUGAAUCUGGGCUAUUUUCUUACUGAAACUCCACCGUCCCUCUUCCGCCUACUGUCCAAUAGCAGGGCAAAGCUGCAGAAAUUGGCUCCAUAUUCUUUAAUCCUUGUUUCAUGAAGGACAAUUUAUUUUUUACAGCGUAUUUGGAUCACACCUUCCUUAAUUAUUUUUUCUUCACAUUCCAUAAUCUAAAAAAUUGCAAUCUUGUAUGUUAGUUGCUUUCUUUUAUGCAGGAUUUUUUAUUUGGCUUUGUGGUUUGUUUGUGUAUUUUUUUUUUUCUUUGAGAGUUGCUUGAAACCUCUCCAGUAGUUGAGGCUUUAUAUAGUGCAGCAGCUUCAGCUGUUAAAGAGGUUAUUACAACUCUCAACCCCUUACAGGACCUGCAAAACAUGACCUAAAAAUUUGUAGAGACACUGGUAGCGAAGGGGUUAACAAUGCUAACAAUCUGUUGUGAAGAAUCUGGUUUGCACUCUUAGUGUUAGAAAAGUUAAUAUUGACUCUCUCAGAAUUGAUGUAUGUAAGCAGCUUAUGUACGGUCUUAUCUAAAUGCAUAUAAAUCUACUUGUAUAUUCUGAAGAAAAAAAAAGAAAAUGUUUCUAUUCCCACAUGCAAGACUGCCGAUGACAAAAGAACACUAAUCUACAUAUUCUAUACCACUUUUGUUAUGUGACUCUUAAUUUUAGCAACAUACGAGACAAUUCUGCGUAAAAGAGAAAAGUGUCACAUAUGGAAAUAGUCGGUUGCGCAUAUAGAUAAUGCUAGUGUGUGUAGCUCACUCCAUGAUGAACAGAUGGCCCUAUGUCGUGCUGUAUCCUGUGCUUUUUUUUGUGGGACCAUUUCAUUCAGGAACAAAGAAGGCACCAUAAUUCCAGACUGUGUACCCUUUUCCUUCUCCCUGAGGUUUGUGUAUGUUGGAUAUUGUGGUGUUCUUAGGUCACUGUUUUGAGUGUACAGAGGAGAGACUUUAAGCAACAACAACUAUAAAUGCUGUUCGGUUUUGUUUGUGCAAUUUGAGAUGACAGAUUUAAAAGAAAAAUAAGUAAAUGAAAUAAAAAUACUGAACUGUG